AUGGCGGACCCUUGGACUUCCGGCUCACCACUCUUCAAUGCCGAUGGCGCAUACGUCUUCAACCGUUUGGUCGAGUUCCUCCGCGCUCAACAUGCAGAACAAGGAUACUCUGAAGUUGUUACACCUACUAUAUACAAAAAGUCGUUAUGGGAAAGAUCAGGACAUUGGGAAAACUAUGCCCAAGACAUGUUUUCCGUUGUUGGUCGAGGAGCAACUGGUACGACCAAGGAUGGAGAAGUGGGCGAGGACGAAGAGUUUGGGUUGAAGCCUAUGAACUGCCCGGGCCACUGCGUCCUAUUCAGUAACCGAACCUGGAGUCAUAGAGAACUCCCAGUCCGCUACGCUGACUUUAGCCCUCUCCAUCGCAAUGAGAACUCUGGCUCACUUCGUGGUCUGACCAGGGUGCGUCGCUUUCAUCAAGACGACGGUCAUAUCUUCUGCACGCCCGAGCAAAUCAAAGACGAAAUUCUGAAGGAACUCAGCUUCGUCCGCAUGGUCUACCAGACCUUCGACCUACCCCCUUUUAACCUCGUACUCAGCACCAAGCCCACCGACGGAAGUGCAAUAGGCGAGGAUUCCCAAUGGUCAACCGCCGAAUCACAUCUCAAACAAGCUCUCGAAGACAGCGGCCUUCCCUGGAAACUCAACCCAGGUGACGGCGCUUUCUACGGCCCCAAAAUCGACAUCCAGAUCCCCGACAACACGCGCUACGGCGAACCCUUACAGGCCGCAACAAUCCAACUGGACUUCCAGCUCCCACAACGCUUUGAACUCAGCUACAAAGACGCGGACCAGAAAUCACAUCGCCCAGUCAUGAUCCACCGCGCCGCCUUCGGCAGCAUCGAACGCUUCAUGCACAUCUUGAUGACACGCACCCACGGCGCCCCCGACUACAAAACAAAGCCGCUCCCCUUCUGGCUCACACCCCGACCCAUCAUCAUCUUCACGCUCAACGACAAGCCUGAAAUAGUAAACUAUGCCUUCAAAGUGCACGAUAUCCUGCAUGGCCGCACACCCGGUCCAUCCACCUCCCCCCAGCCCCUCAAUACGCUGCGUCUGCCAAUAACGCUGGACACGCGGGGCAUAUCGCUCAGUGCCAAGAUUGGCGAGGCGCGGCUCAAGGGUUUCCAUUUUGGGGCUGUUGUCGGACAUAAUGAGCUUGACGAGGGGACUGUGGCGCUGAAGGUGUGGCAUCGGACGGAGAAAGUGUCAUACAAUGAGAAGGGUGCGCCGGGUGCGAGCUUGAAGGUAGACCAGGCGAGGAGGAUGUUCGAGGCGUUGUGUGAAAAUUGGAUGUAAGAAACGUUGUAUCUGUAUAUACUGUAUAUUAUGUAAUAUUACGCGGUAUCUAGCUCGAGCACAUGCGUAGAUGAUGGGUUUUGUGUCCCUGCAUAGAAAUUCUUUGUAUUGCACUUGAAUGCCUAGGUACAACUACGAAAAGUUGACAGGCCAGAGAAGAGGGGGUAUCUGCCUACAGUAGGAAUAUGGAUGCUCGAACAGUAGUCCAAACGCCAGCAAUGCUCGACGUGCCUCACAG